AAGUGACUGAUUGUUUUCUGUCACAGAAAACAAACGUAUUGCUAGUCUUAAAACGGACUUUUCUUCGUGAUGUGAAACGAUUAUCGAACUUCGCGUUCUACAAAUUUACCAGUUGUAGCUAAAAUAGAUUGAAAUAUUACGUUGUUCAAUAUAGGUAAUUCCUAAUUUGUUUAAAGUGAGAAUCAGUCGAAGUUGUGAACGGUCCAUAAAAAUAACCUAGAAAUUACACGAUUCCUUUAAAAAGUAUGUCUUAUUUGUCGCGUCGAGAUUUAGAGGGCUUGCGCCCCAAUCUGAAUAAGAUUGUGUACAAAGUACUAGGGGAUUCGGAUUCAUCAGUCUUAUCAACAAUCGAAAGUAAUCUUCACAGUGGUUUCGACCGAAGAAAGCUCAUUGAUAAACUUUCCCCGUUCCUUGACAAUAAAAAGGCGUCCCGACUUUCGGAUAAAGUAGAAGAUUUUCUGGAUCAGCUCAAAUCCUCUUCAUAUCGUUCUAAGAAACGAAGUCACGAGGAAGACUCCCGAGAAAGGGACGUAAAAAAAGCUAAAACGAAACUCGACGAUAGCAUCAAAAAACAGCAUGAGGAUAAAUCUCGCCGCGAAGGGAAUGGAAAUAUCGUGUAUAAGGAAAGUAAAGGAUCUAGGGAAGAUAAUAGUUCAACGAAUUUUUCCUCGAACCAGAUCAAGGAAAUGAUGGAAAGUGCCCAAAGAGAAAUUGAAGAACGGAAGAAAAAACUAGAAUCAAUAAAGGCCGCUAAAGUUCCCCCAGCUUCGGCGGUAGCUGCCGCAGCAGCCGUUUCCGCUAAGAUAAGUGCAGCUGCUGCAGCAAAUAUAGUACCCCCGAUAAUAGAUGUGGAUCGUUCUCGUAAAAUAGCUCAGCUUCAGGAGCAGAUUCGGGCGAAACUUUCCGGAACAUUAGCGACUGUCCUACCCGUGGUUAUUCAAGACAAACCCAAACCUCUUAUUCUGGAUGCAGAAGGACGAACGGUCGAUGGUAGUGGCCAAGCUGUAGAGGUUCCCAAAUUAACACCUACUCUAAAAGCUAACAUACGUGCUAAGAAACGUGAAACUACGAAAAUACUUCAAGCCGAAAAGCAGCAGCAAGAGGAAUCGGCUGAAGCACAUUUCUUUGACGAUCGAAUAACGAUAAAACCUGCCGUUCGAAACAAAAGGGCCCUUCGCUUCCACGAACCGGGCAAGUUUCAACAGUUAGCCGAACGAUUGCGUAUGAAAUCACAACUCGAAAAGUUACAGAAUGAAAUUUCACAAAUUGCAAGAAAAACCGGCAUUAGUUCGGCUACUAAGUUGGCACUUAUUGCUCCCAAAGCGGACACUCACUCCAAUGAAGUACCGCAAAUGGAAUGGUGGGAUUCCGUUAUCUUGACGGAUGAUUUGAACACGCUUGACAGAACCGGACGAAUCUCAAUCCGAGAAUCUGCUAUUACCAAUUUGAUAGAGCAUCCGACACAGAUGCGUGCGCCAAACGAAUCAUCCCGCCCUGUUUACUUGCCGGUGUUCCUCACCAAAAAAGAACGUAAGAAACUCCGUCGCCAGAACCGACGCGAAGCUUGGAAGGAGGAACAGGAAAAGAUUCGAUUAGGGUUAGAACCGCCUCCAGAACCAAAACUACGCAUCUCCAAUCUAAUGCGAGUUCUAGGUACGGAAGCAGUUCAGGAUCCUACGAAAAUAGAAGCCCACGUACGAGAGCAAAUGGCAAAACGACAGAAAGCUCACGAAGAGGCCAACGCGGCUCGCAAACUAACGGACGAUCAACGAAGGGAUAAGAAAGUUCGAAAAAUGAAAGAGGAUACGUCUCUUGGGGUGCACGUAGCUGUCUAUCGAAUUCGGGAUUUGCAUGAUCAGCAAAGUAAAAAGUACAAGGUGGAAACCAAUGCCAAGCAGCUGUUCAUGACCGGGGUGUGUAUUUUGUUUCGAGAUUGUUGUGUUGUUGUAGUAGAAGGUGGUCCUAAGCAACAAAAGAAAUACAAACGUCUGAUGUUGACCAGAAUCAAGUGGGAGGAAGAUUCGGUGAAAAACGCCGAUGGUAACGAAGUUCCCAACUCUUGUGUUCUUGUUUGGGAAGGCACUGCUCAAAGGCGUCACUUUGGUGAAUUCAAAUACAAGUCCUUCCCGAUGGAAAAGAGUGCUCGUGAGUUCUUCCAGAAGCAUCACGUCGAACACUAUUGGGAUUUGGCAUAUUCGGGAGCUGUAUUGGAAGCUUCGGAGGACACCUAAACAGGAAAAAAAAUCUUUAUUUGAUUCUAGAACUAAUUUUCAGAUAUCUAAAUGCGUGAACAUUGUUUAAGUUGAAUAUGAUUGAGUAAAUAUUAGACCAGAUAAAAUGCCACCAUUCAUGCCGAACA